AUGCCAGGGCCCACACCGGACGGCAUCGGCGCCAGCAGCACUGGCGACAGCGCCGCACCCGCGGCGCGCCCGGAGGCCGACGGCGAGGGGAGCAACGCGUGGGAGGACAUCAAGGAGACGUGUCUGAGCUGCCGCGUGACGGGGAGCGUGACCCUGCUCGGCACCUCGGCGUACAUCUCCUACUUUUUGACGCAGCCCCCGGCGCGGUCCAUCUUCGAGACGCGCGGACAGCGCCGCAUCGCGCUCGCCUCCGCCCUCCUCACCGGUGGCAUGGGUCUCUACCGCGCCUGGUCCCCCUGA